AUGUGGAUCCGCUUGCAUGAGCAUGUCACGGGCUGCGUCAUGGAGCCCGCGGGUAGUGCGUAUUCCGUGCGGGCCCCGGCGGCCGACGGCGAGGAGCACAUGUUGCUGGUCCGCGGCGAGGGCGGAACGCCCCAGACGCCCCUUUCGGACGUCUCGGCGGCCCCAGGGACGCCUUUGGAAAAGGCCGUCGGCGAGGCGCAGCCGCCGGAAGGCACCCCGAGACUGGUUCAGCCCGACGAGGACCACCGCUCCGCACCUGCGCCCUCGAGGGAUGGCGGCGGGGCCGGGAGCCCGGCCGCCGCGAGCAGCGCCGCUUCGGAGGGGAGCCCCGCCGCGGCGGGUGGCGGCGCCGCGGCGAGGAGCCCUGGCCGGGGAGGCCUCCUCGGCGAGGUGAUGAGCCUCAGGGAGCGCAUGCGCAGGAGCUUCAACCUGACCGACCUGGCCAUCUCCACCCAGGGGGCCGACGGCGGGCGAGGCGCGGCGGCCCCGGCGUGGGGCAGGGGGAGCGGCCACGGAGGCCUGGGCGGCGGCCGGCGGAAGAGGCUCCUCUGCAUGUCGGAGGCGGACUUCGCCGGGAAGUACAGGCUCGGGGGCGUGGUGGUGGAGUCGCUGCACCCAGGGAUGUCUAUCCUCUACGCCGAGAGGGUGGCGGACGGCUUCCCGGUGGUGGUCAAGGCGCGCCUCAAGGCGGCGUCGUUCAAGAAGCGCUCCGAGGAGCGGGAGUGGCGCUCCACCACGGUGGUGCAGCUGAACAUGCCAAAGACGGAGUGCUUGUGCGAGCUUCUCGAGUUCAUAUCGACGGAGACGAACUACUUCGUCGUGAUGGAGAAGGUGAAGGGCAGGGACCUCUUCGAGGAGCAGGCGGACCACGAGGUCAGGCACGCCGAGGCGCGCGAGAUCAUCUUCCAGGUGCUGGAGGCGCUGCGCGCGAUGCACGGCGCAGGCAGAAUCCACAAGGACCUGAAGCUCGAGAACGUGAUGGUCGACCUGGGCACCCCGCGCGCGGGGGGGCGCAGCGCGCCGCCCGCGGAGGGCCGGAGCCCUGGCAGCCCGGCGGUGGCGAAGGUGAUCGACUUCGACACGGUGGAGAACUGGGAGCCCACCAGCCCCCGGGCCAAAGACGUGCUGGGCACGGACGGCUACAUCGCGCCAGAGGCCUACUUCGGGCAGUUCUCUCCCGCCUCGGACGUGUACUGCGUGGGCGUCAUCAUGUACAAGCUGCUGACCAGGAGGUUCCCGAUCCGCAAGGAGCUGUUCGACGACCAGCCCGGCGAGAACUACGUCGGCAGCAAGGCCAUGAGGCGCAUCUACGAGCGAUUGAAGGAGACAAGGACUCGCGCGCUUCUCCUCCAGAGGACCGGUGCCCCCCGGCUGCCGAGCUGUGCGCGUCGCUGCUCGCCUUCGAGGCUGGGUCCCGGCCCUCCGCCGAGGAGGCGAUGCGGAGCGCCUGGUUCGCGCUGCCGAGCGGCGCGCUGCCCGAGAGAGCCCGGGCGCGCUGAUCUCCGCGAAGCCGCGCUGGCCCUGCGGGGUUCUGCUUGUGCCUGUGCCUCGCUCCUGCACGGAGCUCGGCCCGUUGGCGGCCCCGGCGGCCCCGGCGGCCGUCCCCGCCCCACGUUUCCAGAGAGGAGGCCCGUUUGCGGCCCCUGCGGCAGGGUUCCCGCUCGUCGCCGCCGCCCCAGUGCACCCCCCCUUGUGGCAUUGCAGUCUCUUUCACUUCAGGCGUACGUCGAAGGUUUGCCUUGCGGAAGAAACAAAAAACAAAAAAGAAGGAUCAGGGGUCCUUCUUGUUGCGGCUCAGCAGCCGCCCCUCCGAUCGUCGAGGAGGGGCUCACGGUCCACCCCGCCCUGGACCGCGCGGGGUCGCCAUCGGGGGGGGGGGGGGCCGUCGCCGAUUCCGGGUCCCUUUACUUUGCCAUGUCUCAAAUAGCACGAGGAGGAAUUGGCCCCGCGCCCGCGGCACCUUCCGACCGCUCUGCACAGGCAGCGUGA